GAAGGUCAGCACAUGUGCUGACACCACGUGCAACGAGUGGAUCUCAGAGGAGAUGCUGGCAACAGCGCUCCAGGAUGCAGCGCAGCUUGGCAGCUUUUGCAGUGCUGCUGCGGCGGAGCCUGGGUUUUGGGCGUCUGCGGCGACAACGUCCCUGUGCGCCGAGGUACUUUUGUCUUUCGCCAAGGCGUUUGAGUCGGAGGUCUCUUCACUGUCCGACGCGUUGGUGGCUUUGCAUGCGAAGAACCACAGCAACAGUGUCAAGGUCCACGCUUUCAGUGUGAACAUGGAUCAAGGCAUAUUGGCGCCUGCAGCCAGCGUGUGGCUGCGCUUCUUACAGGAUUUGCCUCAGAAUCGGCCUGGCAGUUUGACAAUUCUUCUGCAGUGCCGGCGAGCAGUUACAGUUCUGCUGGCUGAAGCCUGGGUUAAGAAUUUCAUUCGGGAACCACCGCGAUGUUCGGCCUCAGAGGCACUGUCCCUCCUGCAAAAAGAUGAAGACGCUAUCCAGGUGUUGGGGAGGUCUCCGGAACUCGAAAGCUUCCUGCUGGUAUUUGCCGCGCUCAGGACCUUGCUACGCCGUGCUGCACAGCAUGGGAAAGUAGAGUGGGAAGAUCUGACACGCGCAGAAACACAGUUUCAGGAAUUGCUAGGUGAGGACACUGGGAGGAGUUUGGCUCAGGCACUUUGGCAAGCGGUAAAUCGCUGA